UGACCCCCAGCUUCCCGGUCCCGCCCCGCGGUUUCCGGUCAGCGUGAGAGCGGCCGAGCUGAGGCCCGGCUUCACUAUGGCUCGAAAUGCAGAAAAGGCCAUGACGGCACUGGCAAGGUUUCGCCAGGCACAGCUGGAAGAUGGAAAAGUAAAGGAGAGGAGGCCGUUCCUUGCCUCAGAGUGCAGCGAUUCACACAAGGCGGAGAAAUGGAGACGGCAGAUCAUCAGCGAAAUCUCAAAAAAAGUGGCUCAGAUACAGAACGCUGGUUUGGGGGAAUUUCGGAUCCGCGACCUGAACGAUGAGAUCAAUAAACUCCUGCGAGAGAAAGGCCAUUGGGAAUCGCGGAUAAAGGAGCUGGGAGGUCCUGAUUACGGAAGAAUCGGGCCCAAAAUGCUGGACCACGAGGGGAAAGAGGUUCCUGGAAACCGGGGAUACAAGUACUUCGGAGCCGCCAAGGAUCUGCCUGGAGUCAGGGAACUGUUUGAAAAGGAACCGCCCGCCCCACCACGGAAAACCCGAGCAGAGCUGAUGAAAGACAUUGACGCAGAUUACUACGGGUAUCGCGAUGACGAUGACGGGGUUCUUCUCCCUCUGGAACAAGAGCUCGAGAAACGAGUUAUAAUGGAAGCCGUGGAGAAGUGGAAGGCAGACAAGGAAGCCAGACUCGCCAGCGGGGUGGACAAGGAAGAGGAGGAGGAGGAGGAGGUGAACAUCUACGCUGUAAAAGAUGAAGAGUCGGAUGAGGACAGUGGGGAGCUGAUGGAGAGAGAGGAGAGCCAGCAGAAGUUUAUAGCCCAUGUCCCCGUACCCUCACAGAAAGAGAUUGAGGAGGCUCUGGUUCGGAGAAAGAAGAUGGAGCUGUUACAGAAGUAUGCCAGUGAAGCCUUGAUGGCUCAGAGCGAGGACGCGAAAAGGCUUCUGGGGCUGUAGCCGCGAGGUGUCGUGUUCCCGCGUGACAAGGACUUGUGUUUACACACGAUCGCAGCAAACCCAAAGCAACGCCUUCUAUAGACAUUGUGCCUCACGUUUCACGGCGACUCGACGAUAUUGUAUCGCGGUGUCGGCCGUUCUAGUCAACGAACGACGGCACUUCCUGUAUAUAACCAGCUCGUUCCCGAGUCUCCGGUUGCGAUUGUCUGCUCGUCCCUCGAUUCAGCAACAAAGUCAUUGAUCUUUUCUACGCAGUGAUUGAGUGAAUGUGGUGUUUUCCUGUGCGUUGUAAUAUACCGACCGCAAUUAAACUUUAUUUUUCUGCACCUCA